CUCAUAUUACGACUACGUACAAGAAAGUGUUUUAGAGUGAGCAAUUUACAACUUGAUAUUAUUUGAGUUUAUAAUCAAAAUGGAAAAUUUAAAGGAAGGCAGAUCACUUCCUACUGAAAGAAAUCCUCUUUAUGACGACGACACGAUUGAUUAUUCCACUUUAAUCAGCAAAUGUCGCUCUCAAGUGAUUGAAUUUCCAGACGGACCAGCUACGUUUGUUCGUCUCAAAUGCAACAACCCAGAUUCGAAACAUCCUCAUUUUUUAAUGCGAAUGGCAAGAAACUCCAAUAUUAGUGCAACAUCUAUGUUCCGCUCUGCUUUCCCUAAGGCUAAACAAGAGGAAGAAGAUUCUGAGAUGGAGUGGAUUCGUGCUAACUUAAAUCCUGUUGAGGAGAAGCAAGUCUCCGGUUUAUGGGUUUCUCCAAGGGACGCAUUAGCUUUAGCCAAAGAUUAUGGUAUGACUCCAUUCAUUAAAGCUCUUUUAGAAGCUUCUACAUCCCCUUCUACUUAUGCAACUCCUGCUCGUUCUCAUCCAGUGGAAUCCAACCAGCCGGCCGGAGCUAGUCCUUCAACUUUAGGCAAGUUAGUUGGAUCAAAAGCCCCACACAAGUCAUUAGAGCCUUCAGAAUCUCCCAAAAAAUCUCUUUUUUCUAAUGAAAAGCAUGAGAAAGAGAGUAAGGAAGUCCAGACUAAAAUAGAUGACACCAACAAAUCCAUUCCUUCGGCAGUUACCUUGCCCGCUUCUUCUUCUUCUUCUUUAGUUGCUUCUAAUGAAAGGGAGUCUGAAAAGGAAGUGAAGGGAGAAGAAACUAAAGUUGUGAAGCAAGAGGAAAUAGAUAUCGUGAAGAGACAACCUUUGAAGAAAGAGCCAAAAAUGAAAGGGAAAUCACAGGAUGAGCAGCUACACUUAAAGGAAGAAGAAAAAGUAGUAGAAGACGAGGAAAAUAAUCAUUCUUCCGACAUUCCAAGAAAAGUUCGAACUCCAGUGAGGCCUUCUGAGCUUUUAGAAAGAAUUCGCUCAAAUGUGCAUCGUCGUGUUUCAGAUGUUACACAACAAGUCAAGAAGCCUUUAGAGGCUUUCGAGAAAAAAGCGACAGCUUCUAUCCAUCUCCCUCACCCUUCUUUUAGUGUUUCGAAAAAGAGAAGCCGCGAUGAAUACGAAGAAACCCAGCCUAAGGAAAUCGAUGAAGCUGCAUUGAUACCUGUUAAGAAAUCCAGAAUCUCCAAGCUAGAAACAGAAAUUCAUUAUGAAAAGAGAAAAGUUCGUGCUCUAACAGGUAUUGUUGUCGGUUUGGGUGCUGGGGCCAUUUUGCCAUUUCUUUUUUAAGUCUCACAUAAUUGACAAAAAAGAAGAUUGGAGGAAGAAACUUGUAAAUUUCUGUCUUAGCUGAUGUGGUCAAUAUCUAUUAGUUUUAUCUAUUCAUGGAAGCAAUGCGUUUGUGUGCCCUUUAAACAAAGACAACUGAGAUUUUAUUUUUAUCAUGUUUAAUGCAAAACGGGGCAUUCCCUUCUAAUGGUUACUCGUUCUUAAUUGUAAGUUUAGUUAUUCAGGAAUAAGAAAGCUGUGCUUUUUUUCAAAAAGUCGAUUUAUUUAUUCAAAUGAAGUUUAGCACUCGUAUUUUUUUAUUCUAUCUAAAGUUACACUCUGUAAAGAAGUCCAUCCGUAGCUCUGAAGUCUGCUUGACCUUGACAUCUGAAGCCCACAUCCUCC